UAACAAAGUAUAGUAACAAAACGUAACUGUCAAAAUAUUUAAGGCAGAAAAAAGUCUUACUUCACUGUUUGCACAAUUUUGUUGAAUAUUGCGAAAAUAUUUCAAUAAAUCUUUCAAUUUGAAAAAAAAAUAGCAAAAUAAUGGCUUCAAUUGUACAUUGUGUCGUUUUAAAUUAAUCAAAAUGAGUAUGGACUUCCUCUCGGAGGUGAUCGGAGAAACCGUGAUCUUGGGGAUAGAUUCCCUUAUCCUCGGAUUUUGCGUGAAGCAGCUUAGUAAAUGUAAACAUAUCCUCAACGCCUUGCAGAGCGCACCAGUGCUGGAUAUAGAUGGAACACUAUCAAAAGAGAUCAGCAAGUUCCCGAAUAACACCAUUCCGUAUGUGGUGAUCCGGGGUUUGGUAAAGCCAUUGGGCAACCCUAUCACUAGCAAUUAUAACAGUACAGUCACUGGAGUUGUGCAAAGAUUAACAAUAAAAGAACAUGUGAUCGCGCGGACAUCGGCCGGCUUCUGGUCGGACCAGACGCGUACUAUUCACGAGGUUUGCAAUGCCACGCCGUUCGUACUCAGCAAUGGGAAGUAUAACGUCGAAGUUAUUGAAGCCAUGGCAGCUGAACUGCUGGACAUGGACGUGAUAUCUGACAAGUUCGAACCAAUGUCCCCGGGUGUAAUUGAUCACGUGUGGGGUUUCUUCUCGGGCGUUCGGCAACGAGGACUUCAGACUAUGGAGGAGAUGUUACGAGAUGGUUCCUAUAUUACCGCGAUUGGGGAGUUGAGCAGGACAAAAUCUGGUGCGCUGAAGAUCCAGCCUCCGAAAAACGGGCUCCCUUUGUACUUAACCACUGCGACGAAAUCUAGUUUGCUGAAGAGACUUGCUAGCUCUAGGGACUUCCUUAGAAUUCUCCUUGUAGUGUUUGGCACAGUAGCACUAGCGGCUUCCGGACGUAUAGCUUACAAAUACCUGAAAAGAAGACGGCGUAAGGUGGUGGAAGAAUGCAUGAAGAAGCAGCUGGCCGCCGGUCGCAAAGAGCGCCGUGCGCACGCCAGGGAGAAGAACCUAUCUGAGGUGCAGUUGUGUGUCGUUUGCACUGAAAAUCCUAAAGAAUUGCAAGAGCUUCUUUUAAAGACCGGGGAAGCCGUGUUGAAUUGUUGAGACCUGUACGUCGGCAUCAGAAGCACUGAAUGAAGAUGAAGAUCAAUGUAGAGGCUUUAGACGCAAUUUACAUUACUGCGGAAGGGAAUGACGGCGCAUAUUUGUAACGAAGUUUUACAUAUCGCACUGCUAUUGUAAUAGUGUUGUAACUCAAAAUACAUAUGUGGAAUUCAAAAUUAUACCAUUGCUGAACGUAAAAUUUGAUUCCAUACAUGUCAAUAUAGAGAUAUAUAGAACUGACGUUUAUUAUUGUAAGAAACCAUUAAAAGAUAUCUACUUAACUCUAAAUGAGCCAAACUUUAUGUGAGCUAGUUCUGGCCAAAACAGCCCUUAUACAAAAUUAUGAAAUUAUUUUUUCCUUUUUUUUAAC